AUGGCGACAACUGGUUCAGAUGUUGCGACUCCGGAUGAUUCCCAGCUGGAGGCCGGAAGAGGAAACACUGGCAUCAACAUUAAUAAUACACUCGAGAAGCCUUCGUCUUCCACUGGCACAAUGGUCGAUGAGCCUACAGACCCAAACAUUAUUGAUUGGGAUGGCCCUGAUGAUCCUAAGCACCCACUCAAUUGGCCCAAGACUCAGAAGAACCUUCACCUGGUGAUUGUCAGUUUAUUCACCCUUGCAGCUAAUCUUGCUGCUACCAUGUUUGCACCUGGAGCAGAAGAGCUGGCCACUGACUUUAAUAUCACCAACUCCACCGUCACAGCCAUGACCGUCAGCCUGUACGUGCUGGGCUUCGCUCUUGGUCCACUUCUUCUCGCACCUCUGUCAGAACUUUAUGGCCGUCUUAUAAUCUACUAUGGCUGCAAUUUUGCGUACAUUGCAUUCACCAUCGGCUGUGCUUUCAGUACAAAUGUCGCCAUGUUUCUGGUCUUCCGAAUCAUAUGCGGCUGCGCAGCCUCAGGUCCAAUGAGUAUCGGAGGUGGUACAGUAGCAGACUUGUUUCCGCAAGAGGAGCGUGGUAAAGCCAUGGCACUAUUCACCGUGGGACCUCUACUCGGCCCAGUGAUUGGUCCUAUCAUAGGAGGCUUUGUGUCCGAGAAUGUCGGCUGGCGAUGGACAUUCCGCAUUAUCCUAAUAUUUUCAGGAUUGAUUGGAGUUGUGACGGUGAUCUUCAUGCGCGAAACAAAUUACACCAUCCUUCUCCAAAGGAAAGCCAAAAAAGCUCGAAUUGAGACAGGAAACGAUAAACUUGUCCCAAAGUUAACCCGAAAUGAGACACCAAAACAAAUGCUUGCUCGAGCUAUCGUCCGCCCACUCAAGCUUCUCAUCUUUUCACCCAUCGUUUUACUCAUUUCCCUCUACACUGGUAUCCUCUUCGGCCUUAUCUUCUUACUCUUCACCACUUUCCCUUCCGUCUUCCAAGAUGUAUACGGUUUCAGUCCAGGCACUUCUGGACUGGCAUAUCUUGGCCUGGGUAUCGGUAUGAUACUGGGUCUAGUUCUAUUUUCUAUUCUCAGCGAUAAGAUGCUCAAGCAGAAGAGUGGUGCGGCCAGACCCGAAGACCGCCUUAUUCUGAUGAAGUGGUUAGGUCCAAUUACGCCAUUGGGCCUUUUCAUAUAUGGCUGGUCAGCCAAGUACGCCAUGCACUGGAUUGUACCAAUCAUCGGCACAUUUGUCGUUGGAUUCGGUUCUCUAUUUGUGGUUAUUCCUGGACAGAUCUACCUUGUUGAUGCUUUCGGAGCCGAGGCUGCUGCUUCUGCAAUGGCUGCCAACCUGUUGGUUAGGUCUCCCUUUGGUGCCUUUCUGGAUCUAACGGCAUCGCCAUUAUACGAAAGUCUUGGACUCGGCUGGGGCAACAGCGUUCUUGGAUUUAUCUGUCUUCUGUUUACGCCAGUACCAUGGCUCUUCUACACUUAUGGAGAAAGAAUGAGAACCCACUUUGUGGUGGACCUGUGA